CGUUCACCGCCGUCCCCGCAGCCGCGCCCGCUCUGCGCACGCGGGCGUACCGCCCUCCCGCCCUCUGCUCCGCGGCGCCUGCGCGCUUCGCCGCCUGGCCUGUGUUGGGUCCGGGUAAACGCGGUAGCUGUCGGUGCCAGCGUGGGUCGCGGUAUCUCCUGCGCUUCGGCUGUCGGGCGCUCGCUCUCUCUCCUUCUGCGCAGCACCGGCCCCUUCUUCCUUCCGCAGGCGGUUUGAAAUUUACCGCAGUCUCUCACUCGAGUUCUCGAUGUGGCCGUAAGCGCCUGGCGCUGAAAGGGAGGAGGCAAGAGUGCGGGGCGGGGAAGAGGAAGGCGGCCUGGAGCAGAGCGGCUUGUCUGCCUGCAGCUCCGGUUCUCCCAGCCCCUCACGGGGAACGGUUGGUAGAGGACGGUGGAGAGGGUUAAGUGAGGUAGCAGUUCCCUUGUUGCGGCCCGUGGGCGGUCCGUGUGCGGCGGGCACUGUGGUUGCCCUGGGGCGGCUUUUGCCACUGUUCCCCUAUCUCUGGGCGUAGGGAGUGAGGGAAGGAAGGAGCCUGAAGUGAUUCCGGGAUCCACAGGCCCCUCGCACCCCUGGAAACGGUAGAGGGAAGAGUGAAACAAUUGCCCCCUCCCUCCUGAGGCGUCCCGGUUCUGCGGCAGGCUGGCCCGCAGAUUCAGAGAAUAAAAAUGGGAACUCCUGGAUCAGGACGGAAGAGAACUCCAGUGAAAGACAGAUUUUCUGCAGAAGAUGAAGCUCUAAGCAACAUUGCCAGAGAGGCAGAAGCCAGACUUGCAGCAAAACGGGCAGCUCGAGCAGAAGCAAGAGAUAUACGUAUGAGAGAGCUGGAGCGACAGCAAAAAGAGUUUUCUCAGCAUUUAUAUGAUAGAAAAUGGGCUCAUAUCCAGAAAUGGAUGGAAGAUGCAGAGAGAGCCAGAUACUCUCACCAGUCCAGUCGACAUUCACAUUUGUCGUCUUCUCUAUACAGUGAUCCAGUGGCACCAGCUAGGAGCUACAGGCUGGAAGAAAAGAGUGAAAAAUCACAUUCAGAAAUAUUUUCAAGGCCCUCAUCUCGCAGUUCAGUGAGUGCAACUCCUCAGAGUGGCAACUCAUCGAGGAGAGGAAGUGGAGAUGCAAGUAGUUUGGUGGAUCCUGAUGCCUCCCUCAGUGAAUUACGGGAUAUCUAUUAUCUUAAGGACCAGAUACAUGAUGUAGAAGGGAGAUACAUGCAGGGACUUAAAGAAUUAAAGGAUUCGCUAGCUGAAGUUGAAGAGAAGUAUAAGAAAGCUAUGGUUUCCAAUGCUCAACUAGACAAUGAGAAAAACAAUUUGAUUUACCAAGUGGAUACUUUAAAGGAUGUUGUUGAGGAGAAAGAAGAACAGAUAGCGGAGUUCUAUAGGGAGAAUGAAGAGAAGUCAAAGGAAUUGGAAAGACAGAAACAUACCUGCAGUGUUCUGCAGCAUAAGCUGGAUGAACUUAAAGAGGGCCUUCGACAGAGAGAUGAAUUGAUAGAGGCGAAUCAACGUAUGCAGGAGAAUAUAGACUCCAUAACCAAGGAAGUGUUUGAUCUCCAGGAGACAAUUAAUUGGAAAGAUAAAAAAAUAGGGGCCCUAGAAAGACAGAAAGAUUACUUUGACUGCAUUAAGAAUGAGCGAGAUGAGCUCAGAGAGGAGUUGGCUGACCUGAAGGAAACAAUGAAGAGAGGACAGAAACAUGGAUUAGUUAUAAUUCCAGAUGGCACACCAAAUGGUGAUCUAAACCAUGAAUCAGUGCUUGGUACAAUAACAGUUGUAUCCCAGGAAGCUGCUCAGGUCUUGGAAUCUGCAGGAGAAGGACCACUAGAUAUCAGGCUACGAAAACUGGCUGGAGAAAAGGAGGAAUUACUCUCCCAGGUUAGAAAACUGAAGAUGCAGUUAGAAGAGGAACGACAGAAAUACUCUAAAAGUGAUAGCAUGAAUCCAGAUACGAUAGACUUGGAGAAUGGUUCUGACUUGCAGCUAAUUGAAAUGCAAAGAGAUGCCAACAGACAAAUUAGUGAAUACAAAUUUAAACUUUCAAAAGCUGAACAAGAUAUAACUACUUUGGAACAAAAUAUUGGACGACUUGAAGGACAGGUUGCAAGGUAUAAAAAUGCAGCAGAAAAUGCAGAAAAAGUAGAAGAUGAACUCAAAGCUGAAAAAAGGAAGCUUCAGCGAGAGUUGAGAACAGCACUGGAUAAGAUAGAAGAAAUGGAGAUGACCAACAGCCAUUUAAUGAAAAGGCUGGAGAAGAUGAAGGCAAAUAGGACUGCGCUUUUAUCUCAACAGUGAAAUGGAAAUUGAAAAUACAAUGCACUGCUCCUUGAAUAACUAGACCCUAGCUUGUUUAUAAAUACAGACUUUCAGUGGCACAAACUAUUUGAACACUGAGCUGUUCACUGGUGGUUUAGUUUCAUAAUUAAAUGACAUACUUUUUGUAAUUUAUGAGAGAAUAAAAUGUAGUUUGAAUUCCCAUGUGAAUGACAGCAGUUUUUCAGUAGUGUUUGAUUCUAGAGUCAAAGACAGAGCACAAUGCUGUAUGUUUUUACAACUGUGGAAUCAAGUUUACUCAUGAUCUCUUUUGGCUGCUUUAAUGAUGCUUGAUGCUCAGAGACAGCUGCAUGAAUUCAAGACACUGUUAUGAAACUAACAUAUACUUGCCUAAGACAUCACACAGCACAAGUGCCUUUUAUCUGGUGCAAUUUAGUCUUCAUAGUUGAAAUAACCUUUGAAACCAGAAAGCAUUUUAUUUUUAGAUACAUUUGGGGUAUUCCCUAAACUUUAUACAUUUUGAAAAUACAUUUUUUAAAAUAUUUAAAUUUAUAAGAAAAAAUAGGGACUGUAUAUAAAGAUCAGCUUCUUUUGCAUGGGCACAUCUGACUUCCGUGUAAUUUUGUCAAAUACUAGCCCCUGAUACUCUUAGCAUUAAGAGCAGAAAUUUAAAAACUGAAGUUGUACGCCAUCCGAUUAUGUCAUCUGUUUAAGUGCGAAUUGAAAUUUUAUGGGGCGAAGAAGGGGGUGAGAAAUGUGGCUAAGGAGUUUAUUAAAUGGACACUUUACUGACCAAAA